ACAUGGACUCCGUGUAACAAGGAAAAAGAACCUUCCACCACUCACAGACUAGCAAGUAUACAAUAACCCAACAAUUACACGAAGCCCCAAACCAAAACCAAAAUCUUUUAAAAAAAAACCAAAACCAAAACCAAAAAAAUCCAAAAUCCAAACAGAAAAAAGAAAGAAAGAAGCGGAAAAAAAGAAGAAGCCAAAACCCAAAAUACACAUACUCACAGAUAGAGAGAGAGAGCUGGAUUUCAGUCCGAGGCGAGCCAUGAUCGAGCUCAGGCACUCAAGCUCGAUCGGGCCUCGAGCCACUUCGUCGCCGAUGAAGCGCGACGGUGACUCUUCCCCUCUGAUUCCGGAGAACUAUCCCGACGACGACGAGGAUCGCGAUCGACAUUCCUCCAAAGAUCGCGACCGUCCGUUUUCAUGGUACAAUUUCCAUUCCUGGUGCCCCUUCUUCGGCGACGAUUCUAGGGUUUCUCCCUACAACUCCAGGAUCUCGCUUUGCUUGCUCUUCGUUCUCGUCCUCGCUGGCCUGAUUUCCGCUUUCUCGAUCGUCAACCAUUGGAAUGCCCCUUAUUUGUGUAAAAAAGAUGGCAUUGUUCUUCACUGCCCACUUGUCAAGGAAGGUCCCUCACUUUGGGAGAAUCCUUACUCAACAACCACAUCUUGGAAGCCUUGUGCUGAGCGCCGUGAUGGUGGAAUAUCAGAUCUUCCUCCUGAAAAUGAAACAAAUGGCUAUAUAUUCAUCCAUGCUGAAGGUGGUCUGAAUCAACAAAGAAUUGCUAUAUGCAAUGCAGUUGCAGUGGCUAAAAUAAUGAAUGCUACCUUAAUUUUGCCAGUGUUGAAGCAAGACCAGAUUUGGAAAGACCAAACGAAAUUUGAAGACAUCUUUGAUGUAGAUCAUUUCAUUGACUACCUGAAGCAUGAUGUGCGAAUCGUCCGUGAUAUCCCUGAUUGGUUUACUGACAAAUCAGAGCUUUUCACAAGUAUAAGACGGACGGUAAAAAACAUUCCUAAGUAUGCACCAGCACAAUUUUACAUUGAUAAUGUUCUGCCCCGAAUCAAGGAGAAGAAGAUAAUGGCACUUAAACCUUUUGUUGAUCGGCUUGGGUAUGACAAUGUUCCUCAAGAAAUCAACAGGCUAAGGUGCAGGGUGAAUUAUCAUGCUCUGAAAUUUCUUCCUGAGAUUGAGCAGAUGGCUGAUUCACUGGCAUCAAGGAUGAGAAACCGUACAGGCAGUUCAAAUCCUUACAUGGCUCUUCAUCUUCGGUUUGAAAAAGGGAUGGUAGGCCUAUCAUUCUGUGAUUUUGUGGGAACAAGGGAGGAGAAAGCGAAAAUGGCAGAAUAUAGAAAGAAGGAAUGGCCUAGACGUUAUAAGAAUGGUUCCCAUCUCUGGCAAUUGGCCCUGCAGAAGCGGAAGGAAGGACGAUGUCCUCUUGAGCCUGCAGAAGUGGCUGUGCUUCUCCGGGCAAUGGGCUAUCCUAAGGAAACUCAAAUUUAUGUAGCUUCAGGGCAGGUCUAUGGUGGACAUAACAGAAUGGCGCCCCUCAGGAACAUGUUCCCAAACCUGGUUACAAAAGAGGAGUUGGCGACUAAGGAGGAGUUGGCUGGUUUCAGGAAGCAUGUUACAAGCUUAGCAGCCCUAGACUUCUUGGUCUGCUUGAAGUCUGAUGUAUUUGUGAUGACCCAUGGAGGCAACUUUGCUAAACUGAUAAUUGGGGCACGCAGAUACAUGGGUCACAGUCAAAAAUCUAUAAAACCGGAUAAGGGGCUUAUGUCUAAAUCUUUUGGAGACCCUUACAUGGGAUGGGCUAACUUUGUAGAGGAUGUGGUUGUUACCCAUCAGACACGGACUGGAUUGCCGGAAGAGACCUUUCCCAACUAUGACCUCUGGGAGAACCCUCUGACUCCUUGCAUGUGUAAAGCCUGACCACAGGGAUUUAUAUACACGAAUGUUUCUCACUGAGAUUUAUUUGGAGUAUCUCCAAUAACCUAAAACAUUCUCGAUCGAAAAUUGGAGACUUAUCCCACCCCUAAAGAAAAGUCUGCACGGAGUGGCUAAUACAGUUUUGAGGUGGGAGACUUACAAUAUGCAUUGGAGGUACAGUGGCCUGCAGGAGAGAAGUUUUAACAGAAUCUUUUGGGGGCUCUCAUUGUAAGAUCGUUGGUUAUAUCCUCUUUUAAGAGAUGCGGCAGUUUUGACUUCAGAACGUUGUAUAAUUUUUUUACCAGUUUUUGGUACAAAAACACUAGAUAAUUUCUAAUGUAUCAUUUGAAAUCGUGUAAAUUUUAAGUUUAGCGUGACAGAUGUCCUUUACUAAUGCAAUUCUUGCAAGUGAAAAUGAACAGACAAUCCAAAGCAACUUGUUAAUUCA